UCCGGGCCUGUCACUCGUCACACAGCAGAAGCAGUAGAGAUGAUCGCGCUGGACCCCGGAAGUGUCUGUAACCCUCAUUAUUAUUUUACACCCAUACAAUCAUUUACAUGAAAUUAUUUCUUAUAUGUUUAUCGUUGAUCUGGAAAUCACAGCCUGUGGAUAAAAUUAGAUUCUGGAGGCGCAUGAAUCUUCUUUGUGUAGUUUCCUGCAGGCACCAGACUGUGGACGCCUUUAACUUCAGACCCUACAGGGUUUAAGAUGAUGUCACUGUGAGGGUCACUUUACACGGUCAGAAUGCAGUCUUCAGGACAUCGGUUGAGGGAUGUGGAGCAGCAUCAGCCUCUUAUCAGCGGAGGAGAAGAGGAGGUGGCGUCCGACCGCGUCUGGUUCAUUCAGGACAGCUGCGGGAUGGUGUGCGCCUUCAUGACUUGGUCCCUGGUGAUGUACGCCGAGUUUGUGGUGAAUUUUGUCAUGCUGCUCCCCUCCAAAAGCUUCUGGUACUCUCUCAUCAACGGCGUGGCCUUCAACUUCCUAGCCGUGCUGGCACUGACGUCACACCUGCGCACCAUGCUAACAGAUCCGGGAGCUGUUCCUAAGGGUAACGCCACUAAAGAAUACAUGGAGAGUUUGCAGCUGAAGCCGGGUGAGGUCAUCUAUAAAUGUCCCAAAUGCUGCAGCAUUAAACCAGAGCGAGCUCAUCACUGCAGUAUCUGUAAAAGAUGCAUCAGGAAGAUGGAUCAUCACUGUCCGUGGGUCAACAACUGUGUGGGUGAGAACAACCAGCGAUUCUUCGUCCUCUUUACUAUGUACAUUGCCUCCAUUUCUUUGCAUGCGCUCUGUCUCAGUGGUUUCCACUUCUUCACCUGUGUUAAAGUCCAGUGGAAUGAGUGCAGUGAUUUUUCUCCACCUGUAGCUGUGAUGCUGAUGAUUUUCUUGUGUUUGGAAGCACUGCUGUUUCUCACCUUCACCGCUGUGAUGUUUGGUACUCAGAUUCACUCCAUCUGUAAUGAUGAGACGGAAAUCGAGAGGUUGAAGAAUGAAAAGCCCACGUGGGAGAGGCGCGUGCGAUGGGAGGGAAUGAAGAUCGUUUUCGGCGGCCCGCCUUCUUUGCUGUGGUUUAAUCCUUUCACUGGACUCCGCCUCCGACGCCUGCUCAUGGUCCGCGCUCGAAAGAGCGGGGCGGAGUUUUCUGUCUGAGGGAGGAAUGCUGUCUAUAAAAGGGGCACUUGUACGCUUUUAAACUCGCUGACAGGAGUCUACCCUUAAUGCUGUUGCAGGAUUGAUGGUACUUCAACCAAAACCUGUAAAAUAUAAGUGACGUUGCCCCUGGAACAGUUUGAGGAUACAAUUCAGACACGGCCCGUCUGUGUCCACACGUUAAUACCUCGUAAGACGGAUCGUGCUCACAUUGUCUUCAUGAACGUGCAUCACUCAUGGAUUUAAUAUUUUUAAGUGGACAAGCUUUUGGUUGAUGAGCUAAACUUGGAAAUAUGAAACAAAAGACGGAUGUCAAUAUCUAAAGAAAUCAUAAAUCAUGUUAUUAUGUCUUGCUGAAAUGUAGAAACAUAGUAGCUCUGUUUAACAAGUAAUCUACAAACAGAGACACUAUUUGAGAUGCUAACAAGCGAUGGUAGAUCUUAAACCAAACAGAAAUUUGCAAGGGAAUGUGUUUGCCAAAAUUAACGUUUGUUGGGUGAAUCUCAUAGUAACGUUUAAAUGUUAAGGGUCAUAUUUUACCCCAAAAUCAAGAGAGAAUAAGUCAAGAGAAGCUCUUUUUAAGACCAUUAGGAUGCCUUUUACAUUGUUGACAUUGCAAAAUUAUUCUAGUUGUCAGUAGUCGACUGCAAUGCAAAAACACCGCAAAAAUGAAUUUCUUUUUUAGUAUUUUUUUCUGGUUUUCAGUACAAAUAUUUAACAAUUCUUAAAUAAAGAUGUAUUUUCUUGAUGAGCAAAUUACCUAAAAUAAAAAGUCUAGUUUUUAGGAAAAAAUCAAAUUUAAGUGAAUUAGUGCUUAAAAUACAGAGGCCCUAAGGUGACAUUGGAGUACUUAAAAUGUAAAAUCUAAAGUUUAGUGAAACUAUCGUGUGCGCACGUGAUAGUGUCACGGGUGCACACGAAACUAAACGCGAUAGUUUCACAGGUGCACGCAAAACUUAACUUUAUUUAAUUUUUGCUCCAUGUCCCCUUAGGGGCUCCGUAUUAAAACAAGGAAAUGGGGUAAGAAAAUUUUUCUUGAAUUUUCCUUUAAUUAAAUGUUUAAGAAAAAGUAAACUUGUUUCUAUUUUUUUCUUACCCCUUUGGCAAAUUUCUUUGCUUGUUUUAAGCACAAAUUCACUUAAAUUUGAUAUUUUUUGUCGUAAAACUAGACUCAUAUUCUUUAGGUCUUUUUGCUUAUCAAGAAAAUGCAUCUUGAUUUAUUUAAGAAUUUUUAUAUAUUUGUAAUAAAAAGAGACAAAAAUACUAAGCAAGUCUUUUUUUUUUUUGCAGCGAAGUUGAUAUAUUUAAAUUUGAAUGUUUUGAUGAAGAUUUUAUAGAAUUUUAUUUUAUUUUUUUCUAAGUACAUGAAUGAGAAUUUGGCAGCACAAAAGUAAUGUUAAAAUGCCAAAAAAACACUCUUAAUGAUCAUUAAAAGUGGGUUUGGGUUCAUUGGUGCAACACUUCUUUUCAAUUUCUCCUUAAUUUGGGAAUAAAAAUAAACCUCGGACAUUCUUGAGAUUCACCCUGUUAGGUAUUAAGAGCUCGCAGCUAGCAUCAAAGCUAGUAUAAUCAUUGAAGCAUUAGCACAUUAUUAAAGUGAAGUCAUUUUAAAAUCAUCUUAUCUUCAUGUAUUGUAGGAGAACCUCAUUUUGUCGUCUUCAAAUGAAUGCCAGUACCACAAAUGCUUGGUUAGAUGAAACUACAGUAUAUUUACUAACCAUAAGCUGCACUGUGAAAGAAAUAAAGACAAAUCGCAUUAUCAUGUACUGACAAUAUGUCCACAUCAGGCCUGGAAUACUGAACCAGGAAUGUGUCCAUUAAAAAUGUCGACGGACACGUGAGAUGUUUAACUAUUUGAGCUCAUCAUAUUAGAAACAUGCUGCACAAUUCAUCCAGACUGACUAUCAAAGUUUUGUUGACAUCAAUUUUAUCCAUAGUCUGCUUUUAUCUUAGCUUAGAGAUUCAUCUCAUGGUGACCACUAAGAUGUUUUUAUGUAAUAAAGCUGAAACUAGUUUGGCAGGGUUUCAGCCUCUUACUCUCACAAAACCUGCUGACACAAACACGUCAAAUCGGUCAUAUUUCACCCCAAAAACAAAAGCACAAAAUGUAAUUUUGCAAGAUGAAGAUGAAGCUCAAACUUUUACUUAUCUUUACUGCGAUGCAAUCAUACUUUUACUCUGUAUCAUAAUGUGAAACUUUCACAGAAACUUUCUUAAAUGACUGCUUCAGGUGUGUUUGGUAAGAGUCGGAGGAAGGUUAACAAGAAAGGUUAGUCUCCUGAGCAGUAUUCAGCAGGUCAUUUUGAAUUGCAAACCGGGAUUAGUUUCAUAACAGUAGGCUUUGUUUUAACACUUAGUUUUCUCCUUUUGCUUCUGGUGUGAAAUAUGAGGCGGUUUUGUGAGAUUUAAACGUACUGUAUGAUUGAAAUAGUAGUAGUUUGUUAGGGAUAAAUUGCAAUAUGAGAGAAGAAGAAUAAUGCAUGAGAACUAUAUAACAGAGCGAUGGAGAUGGGUUUAUAAGAGGAUUUGUGCUAGCACAUCAUUUUAACAAUCAAAGCAAAUGUGUAUUAACCCUUGUGGAUGUUAUGUUUACAAUACUGUCAUGUGUUUUCAAGCAUUCAUUUGAAUAUUUGGUGAUGUUUUUGUCUUUGUGGCCCAGGCCAUUCAGAAAUGUCCAUUGUUUUCCAUAGAGGAUGAGUUUAAAACCUUAAAGUGACCUGAAGUUCUGAAUUGUUACUAUUUAUGAUGCCAGAUCAUUAUAGUUAAAAAAAACACAAUUUUGGAUUAGCAUUAAUCUACCAUGAACUUUAAUUUCUGACAUUUUAUUUAUAUUACAAUUAUUUUUAUGUGCCAAUGUUCAUUAAAAAUAAUCAUAUUCCCUAAAGAGAUCUCAUUGUGACACUAGAUGAUGUAUGACUGGUAACGUAGACUAUAAAAGCAAUGCAGAAAUGUUAUAUGAUGUCCCUCAGAUUAGACUUGCUUGGUGUAAUUUGUAAAUCUGAGUUAUUUAUCUCCUAUAAGGUAAUAAUAUGAACUAUAUGCAAUCCCUGUAGAUUGUCAUUUGGUUUGAGAGGAAAACCCAAGAAUGUAUCUCAUUCUUUUUAUACCUUGUUUUUGUAGUGUCAGAGGGACGUUUGUGUUUUUUGCAUAAGACAUCUGAUUUGCAUUAUGUGCUAUUGUACCAAGACAGUAUUUUCACUUCUAUUGAUAAAAUAGGCUUAGACUCGUGAUUUUAGACAUUACUUGACCAUAAAACUGAUUGUACAAGCAGAGGGUUUUUGACUCUUCCCUUUUAAUUCAUGCAUAUAUGCCAUCAGAUUUCUUAGAUUUUCAAACACGUUUAAUCACAUGAUCAGCGUGGUACCCGUGGCCAUAAUGUUGUCAACAAUGUGAAAAUCUUCAACCAUACCGGACACCUGAACUUACAGGGUUUACAACCAGAAAGCAAAUGUUAUAAAGUUAUGUCUGUAAUAAAUGUGUAAGCAAAUAUUCUUCUGAUACUUACAUCAAGUGUCAUUAAGUUAUGAUGUACUGAUGUAAAAAUCUUUUACAUAAUAAAGGCAUUAGAUUUAAAAGCUAUUGAAACAUUUUGACCAAUUAUGUCCUUAAA